GCGUCAUUGUUCCUACGCACGUCGAACCGUGCACAACGCGAGUUUACUGGUUGUACGACGGACUAUAAAAAAAAAGUAACGAAAAGUGGGUGCAUACUGCAACCAAGUGUGUGUACAGUUGGUGCAAUCUGCAGGAGCGAGGAAAAAAGAAAAUUUUUGGCAAAAGAAAAACUGAUUCACAAAACAGAACAACUUUUUGGUUCGACUUUGGAUGAUCGAAGAUCGCUUCUUCGGCAAGUGUGUGUGCCCUGGUGUGCUGAUGUACUUUAUCUGUUGGUGAAAAAUCGCGUUUCGUUUAGAAAAACUUUCCACUUAAGCACAUUUCGGCCCGCUAAGGUACAACGUAAGGUUCGUGUUCGAAGUCGAAUUCCCGUACGCGUGUUUGUUCGCAAGCAGAACAAAAAUUCCAAUCACAGCAAAAAGCAACCCGGUGAUACCCGAAAGUAACAUAGAACCCCAAAAAAGAACAAAAAACAAAACCACACAUUUACAAAGUUGCGCCAAAUUCUGCCAAAGGGCGUUCGGAGCGUCAGAAAAGCUAGCGUACCGGCGCAAGCAAAGUCGUCGUGGCAUUGGCCGAGUGUGUUGACGAAGUUUGCUGACCGUUUUCGUACGAGUGACCGUUUUAACACCCUCAACCGCCGUGUUUCAUUAGAGCAAAGAUCGCUAGAGGCAAAGUACAGCGACACCACAACUUUAAUCUUCCGUAUCGAUCGAACGGAACGCAUCUCAUCGACAACACCAUGACCUCGUCCAACAUUAGCGAAAGCAUCCCGUUUUACGACGUGUUUGGAUAUUACGAAUGGACUUUAACGCUAGCAGAUCCUCGCACGAAAGGAUGGCCGAUGGUGGAUUCGCCGAUACCCACGCUGACAGGUGUCUGCAUAUAUCUGUUCCUCGUGUGGAUUGGUCCAAAAAUAAUGCACGACCGGAAACCGUUCGACCUGACCACAUUUUUGGUGCCGUACAAUUUGGCCAUGGCACUGCUGAAUCUCUACAUCUGUCUGCAGCUAUUCAUCGGUUCGACCAUGCGGCGGUACAGCUACAUCUGUGAACCCUGCCGGCAGAGUUUCCAUCCGAUGGAGCUUCGUAUCGUUGAUGCUGUCUGGUGGUAUUACUUCUCCAAGGUGCUGGAAUUCUCGGACACCUUCUUCUUCAUACUGCGCAAGAAGGACAAUCAGCUGACGUUCCUGCACGUGUACCAUCACAGCACGAUGUUCUCCUUCUGGUGGAUCGGCGUUAAGUGGGUUCCGAGUGGAAGCACAUUCCUUCCUGCGAUGGUCAACUCGUUCAUCCACGUGCUGAUGUACACGUACUACGGUCUGGCCGCGGUAGGUCCGCACAUGAACAAAUACCUCUGGUGGAAGAAAUAUCUGACGAUCCUGCAGCUGAUACAGUUCACCGUCGCUAUGAUCCUCGGCAUCAACGGUAUCAUUACGGGAUGCGAAUUCCCGCUCUGGAUGCACUACACCCUGAUCGGUUACAUGAUCUCGUUCAUACUUUUGUUCGGCAAUUUCUACGCCCAAGCGUACAUGCAGGGCAAACCGAUCCAACAGUUCGAGAUCAACUGUAUCGACAUGGGAGCGAUUAAGAAUAAGUCCGAAUAAGAACAUUGCGAACCGGCCAUGGUUCGUGCCACACUGUAUCAUAUAGCUUCAGUCCUUACUGCUCCAGUUUUUUUUUUGUACGGUUUUGCUGCGUUUGUACAUUUUUGCCAACGAUGUAUCUUUCGUGAAAUAGGGUGUUUCUGUAUGUUUAAAUGCUUACACUUUCUGCUCAAAUUCCUGCUUUGAUUGUUAUUAGGAAAUAAAGUCAAACUUGCAAAAAAUAGUAUUAAUUAAGUGAAAAAUA